AUUUCAUUUCAAUAAACUCAUUAAGCUUUGAGUCCAUCUGAUAAUAAUCUCUCUAUACAAAUGGUUGAUUCUGAGAAGCAAAGCGAUUUCAAUAUCAAAGGACUAAGCCUCGUAGAUGUUUCCUCCGAAGACGAUCGCCUCGUCCAUUCGCCUCUCUGCGAUCCUAUUAUUCCUCAAUCCUCAGAGACGGGAAGUGAAACCAAAACUGUUAGGUUCGCCAUGGAUUCCGAGACCGUUGAAAUCUCAUCAGGCUCCCAUGACGAAGCUGAAAAAACAAAAGAACCUUUGAAGUCUCCAGUACAAAACAAGACAAGUAAAAAUGGAAAAUAUAAUUUGCGCAAAAGUUUAGCAUGGGAUAGUGCUUUCUUUACUAGUGAAGGAUUUCUGGAGCCGGAGGAGUUAUCUAGCAUGCUGGGAGGCAAUGAGAAAGAUCAAAUACAAGCAUUGCCUGCGAUUCAAGAGGAUGUAAACAAGUCUUUUGAUUCAUUAACAACGCUGGAUUCUGAAACUUUGACAUUGGAAAGUCUAGAGGCUGAUUUAUUUGAGGAUGUAAGAGCUUCAAUCCAGAAAUCUAACAAAGUUUCUGUUACAGCAAAAUCUAGUGGCAAAAAGGAGUUGAAAACAACAGAUGGUAAAACUGUCUCAUCUUCAAAAAAGGUAGAACUUGCUACUCAAGAUAAGAUGAAGCAGAAAGUUACUCCAAGGAAGCCCAACAUUGGCGUGAAAGACUCUGCAAAAACAUUGAAGCAGGUUGUCCGUCCACAAAUUUCACAAACUAUGAAGUCAGUGGCUAGGGGUGGAGAAUCAACUUCAUCUCUUCAUAAGCCACCAAAGGUGUUAAGCAGCGUUGGUCCUUCACCAAAAAAGGUUUCCUUGGGUGCUAAGAAUGUCAGAAUGGAAAAAGAUAUAAAAACUGUAACUGGUAGAGGAACUACAGUAUUAAAAACUCCUUUGGGUGGUGCAAGAAGCAUUGUGCCUAGGCCUAAACCAUCUUCCAAAUCUUCUUCUUGCUCCCCAUCCUCUAGCAAAACGGAGCUGAAUUCUUCUUGUUCCUCACUUGAAAGUUGUGUCAGUGUUUCGUCCAACAGAACUAAUAAAUCUUCCUUGAAUUUGAUUAAACCUAAAAAUGGCCCCAAAAUUGUACCAAAAAGUAAAGUUCAAGCAGGCAGUUCAAAGCUCCCAACCUUUUUGAAGUCUUCUACCAAGAUAUCUUCCAGUAUAUCUCCAGCAAGCUCUAUAAGUGAAUGGUCUUCAGAGUCAUCAUCAUCUAUCUCUGCUGCUAAUCAAAGUUCUAAUGUUGCAAGAGCUAGCCUUGGCUCUGGCUCCCGCAAGGGACCUGCUAUAAAUAGCGAUGCUCACCAAGUUUUGGACUUGCAGAACCAUCCUACUGGUGAGUUCUCACAGGGAGAUGGCGCAGAGGUUACUGGCUUGCCCAAUGAAAGUGAAAACAAAGUUUCUCCUGGAACUAGUAAACUUCAUCAUCCAGCUUCAAUGAAACCCUCCGGCCUCCGCAUGCCGUCACCAAAACUUGGGUUCUUUGAUGGGGUCCGAUCAUCGGGACGCACUCCAAAUGGGAGUAUGUUGACUCAUCCUGGUGUACCUAGCGGCUUGCCUAAAAUUGGAGCAAAAACCACUAGUCCAAGUGUAAACUCAAAGAAGGCAAAGAUUGGAAAGCUUCAACCUGUUAGGACUCUUACUGCAAUUCGAAGCCCCAAGGUUGAUGUUAAGCAAACUUCCUCUGCUAUAAAAUCGAGUUCUUCCAUCUCUAUUCAGAAAUCUUCAAUUGCUGGAACAACGGUAUCAAGUUCUUCAAGAAACCUCAAAACCAGCCCUGGCAUAUCUCCGAAACUUCAGAAUAAAUCCUCUCCUAGAAAUGGUAUUGGUUCUGCUGAGAAAGUAGCAGGCCAGGAAAGCAAGGAAGGUGCUCGCAUAAAGGAUGCCAAGAUUGUUCCUCUUGAUGGAGUACUUGAAACAACUUCUAAUAUAGCUUCCAAGUUGGAUGUUCAAAACACAAUUGCAUCAAAAGAAGCAGCUGAAAAUGAGACAUACAGUUAUCCAUACCCCAAGACUGAAACGGUUUUCCUUUAUGAUGCCAACAAGAAGGAAGAAACUCCUGUUGAAGACCAAAUAGGCGCUGUUAGGAAAGAUCCUAAAGCUGAGUUUGAGAACAGUUUGUCAAAUCCCAGUCCAUCCCCGAUGACUUCUGAAGUUACUUGUGGCUCAAGGAUACCUUUAUUGGUCAAGGAUUCUUUUUACAAUACAGAUGCACCACACGAUGUGUUAUCAGGAUCGGCGGCAACCGAGAAGACAACCACAUUAGAUAGUACAUUUCCUGAGAAUAAUAGCUAAGUGCAGCUGCCUAGCUUCAGAUUCUUUCAAGUAACGUUGGUAUGUAUGUGCCUCUUCCAGUUAUUCUUAUUUGGAACUAUUUUGAUACAAGUCUUGUAGAUUCGAUGAUAAACUUCUGUAAUUCAGGAGAAAUAGUUCUCAUGUUCGAAUUCCACCAGGUUUGGAUAUGAUAUUUGUCAUGGAGAUAAGCUGGUACCUGGUUCGAAUUUCACUAAGUUAGAAUCUGAAGUUUUAUUUCGUGUAGGUAGUGUCUUAUGAGAGAGUUAUUCAGGG